UUCUAGUUUAUUUUGCUGUUUGCUGUUUUAGCAAAUAUUGCACGUAUUUUUGUAAUAAUUGAAUUAUUUUCUCUGAUAUCUCACUAAUAACAACAAAAAGAUCAGUGCUGAUAUUGUAAACCCUUUUUGUUUUAUUCAAAAUGGGCGAAGAGGAUGAAUAUGCGUGUGUAAACAAAGCACAGCUGAAACUCAAGGAUAAUUCUGGAAUCAAGAAGAAAAAGAAAAAGAAGGCAAAUAAAGAUACAGAGAAAGCUAUUGAAAAUGAUCUGAAACAACAAUUAAAACAAGCAAAUGCAGACAAACGCACUAAAGCAGAAAUAGCAUUUCAAAAAAUGCAAGAGAAAAUGCAAAAGCAACGAAUACAACAAAAAGCAGAGAUGACUCACAAACAAAGGGUAGAGAAGUUUAACCAACAUCUAGACAGCCUUACAGAACACUUUGAUAUACCUAAAGUGUCAUGGACAAAAUAAGCCAGAAUAUCAUCAGAACUACAAAAUGUUUUUAAGAUACUUAUUUCACUUCUAGGAUAGAAGGUUGAUUUAGAUAUAAAGUAAUGUAUAUGUACCAUCAGAAAAAUUUAUUUACAGGACUAGGGUUGCCAAGUAUCAGGAUAAAGCCAGACAUAGGCUUUAUGAUUGCGUGUCCGGCCAACAUUAAGAGGAGUCCGGCUU